UGGUGCCCAGACACCAACGUUGCCAUUGCCAUUGGAUCCACCAUCACAUCCACUCUCCAGUACUUGUCUUCAUCCAACUUUGAUUUUACCAUUGGAUAGCCGUGUAUCGACUAUCAUGGGCGUUCCCUCAACUGCUAACCUGUACCAUUCCAAACCGACCUUUGUGCAACAUGAUGAGGAUAUCCAAGUCGAACAUGCGGCAUAUUGCAUUGUCCAAUUACGAAGGGUGCUUGAUUGUGCAGUGAGGUUGGGUGAGGCUGUAAUCCAUCCUUCUGAUACAGCAUCAAGCCCAAUCAACCAACAAGCGUUUGAUGAUUUCCUCUCAUUGAUCACUAAGCACAAAGAGACUGGAUAUCAUGAGGUUGACAUGUCACAGGUUACCCCGCAUUUGACAAGUGCUUUCGUGCUACGUCGCCUUGCUAAGGAGGCAUUUUCUCAAUCUCACAAACAUCUCAGAAGAAAAUUGAAAGGCAGGGGAGCUUACGAAGGGUGA